AUGCUGAAAGCUAUCGACGUCGCAAGACUAACGCGUCCCAGUCAAAUCCGAUGUCGACCCAACUUGUUUCCCUGUGUACGAUCGAUCAGUCGAUCAACUCGAAUCCAGGAUCCAGAGGAUGACUUGGCUCUCUCGGAAUACGGCGGUAGAGGACGAUCCGAUUAUAACGAUUUCUUGGAGGCCCAGGAGAUGCAGAAACGGAAGAAACUGGAAGCCGAGACUGCUAAACCGUUCAGAAACUCAAAUCUUCCCAGUCUUCUCAAUCGCAAGUCGUUUGGUCCUCGACCUAAGGACACGACUACCACUGUGGUAGAGGCUUCAUCUUCGAAAGUGCGUGAGAGCGAUCGACCCAAGCCAGCGUUACCAAGUAGGAAAGGCAAAGAGAAAGCUAAAGAUCAGGAUGAAGCUGGAUCAAAUCAGGCUGAUGCCCCUUCACCUAGCAAUAGAUUACGACGAAACCCCGUUGGCGUACAAAUGCUCUCACCUUCACUUCACUCCCAAAUCUUCCCCGGUAAAUCACUUACCAAACCUCCUCCAUCGCUACUGGAUAUAUCUCUAAGUCAUCUCAAGGCCAAUGGUCUCUCACCCGACGGUGCAGCAGUCUUACCAGAAAUAAAUUUUGAUAUGCCCCCGAUACAAGGUCACAAUAUCCGAGAUCAUUUCUUUAAUCUAGGUCAACACACUGCUGAACCGUACUUAUCCAUGGCGAAAGAUUUCAUGAGUUCGGAAAUUCCUGAAAUGCCUAAGAAGUGGGAGAUGAGCAAAGCAGGAUGGACAAAGUACCAUCCGGAUGGACGGAUGGAAGCUGUCGAGGAUCUCGGUGAAGAAACGAUGGUGUCCUUUGACGUGGAAACACUGUACAAGCUGUCGCCAUUCCCCGUAAUGGCUACGGCCGUAACACCCAAUGCAUGGUACUCUUGGCUAUCACCUACAAUAUUCGAAGACCCUCCUCAGACUACGCCAGACCCACCAGAACCUUGGGAAACAAGAGUUCCCCAACAUCAUCCACACGAUUUGAUACCGCUCUUCAGUGGGUCUAAGGCCAGAGUGGUAAUUGGACAUAACGUGGGAUACGAUCGUGCGAGGGUGAAAGAGGAAUACUCAUUAGAAAGGACAUCUACAAGAUGGUUGGAUACACUUUCUUUACACGUCGCUACGAGGGGUAUAACCUCUGUUCAAAGACCAGCAUGGAUGGCUCAUCGGAAGAACAAAAAAGCCAAAAUGUUAAGAGAUCAAGAAUCGAAAGAUGCGUUGAUGGAGAUCGCGGAGGAGAAUGGUGAUCCGGAAUUUCUGCAAGGUGUUCAGGAAUUGACCGAUACAUCUGAUGGAGAAAGUAUGGAAUCAAGUCAGAAUAUAUGGCAAGAUGUCACUUCGGUCAACUCUUUAGCGGAAGUAGCGAAUCUUCAUUGUGAAAUACCAGUGGACAAAUCGGUUAGGAACCGAUUCGCAGAUGAAAGUAUCAAACAUGCUUCUCAACUCAGAUCAGAAUUAGAAGAUUUGUUGACAUAUUGCGGAGGAGAUGUGAAAAUUACUCAUGAUGUGUAUAAGAAAGUAUUACCCUUGUUUUUGGAAUCAUGUCCUCACCCUGCAAGUUUUUCAGGGGUGUUAUCGAUGGGGAACUCGUUUUUACCUGUAGAUGAGAAUUGGAAAGAAUACUUGAAGAAUGCUGAGAGUACGUAUAAGAAGAUGGAUGAAGGUGUCAAGAAGGCUUUGAGAGUUUUGGCCGAGAAGUUGAGGAAAGAAGGUAAGAAGGAGGGUGAUCCUUGGUCAGAACAAUUGGAUUGGUCGCCUAAGACAGCAAGAUGGGAGGAUGGUAUCGAAGAAACGAAUGAUCAAGCAACUGCUGUCACAACCGAUGCAUCAAACUCUACUGAAACUGUUAUCGAAUCUACCUCUACUUCUCUGCUAGCUGAGAUUCCAUCGAAACCAAAAUGGUCAUCCGAUCUUUCCAAAGAUUCGCCAUAUAUUAUUUCCACCCAUACUCAACGAUAUUUCCUCCCUCUCUUCCUUCGAAUGUCCUACAAAGGUCAUCCGGUUGCCUAUCUUGCAGAUCACUAUUGGUGUUUCAUGGUCCCUCAUGCGUCCUCAUCAGAAUAUAUCGACGAUCACGGUUUCCCUGUAGCAUUACAUCCAAAGAAGGACAAACGCCUAGAAGAACUGGAAGAGGAAUAUUCAUUUUUCAAGAUCGGAAAGCCAGAAGAACCCAGAAAGGUUAAACUUGUAGGACCAGGAAUAAGGUCUUUGUUGAAGAAAGGAGAAUUAACCAGUUCUUACGGUGAUUUGCUGCCCCGAUUGGCUCAGACGAGUUUAGAAGUUGUGAAGGAGGAUCUGUGGAAAUGCGCUGAAGAGUUCGAACGAAUGGGAAAGCAGGGUCCUUGGGCUCAGCAGCUGGACUGGAAAUCUGUUCCACAAGAUACAUCAAAGACCGCCACGACUAGCCCGGAAACCAUUUCCCCGCCUUCUCCAGCCUCAUUUGUAGCUUCCACUAGCUCUACGCCCACGAAGAAAGCAAAAUCUUCCAAAGCCAAUCUCGGUACAUGGCCCAAAUGGUAUUGGGAUCUGUCCGGUCCACCUUCGCGUAUACCAGCUGGAGAGCUAGAUCUGACAUUCAAGAAGACCGUUGCUCCCCUACUUCUGCGUCUUCAGUGGCAGGGUUACCCGCUCAUACACAGUCGAACCCAUCGAUGGCUCUACCGUGUCCCUCGGACUAUCAUUGAGACUGGAUCAGCAGAUGCCCUACAAGCUAGAGGUGGUCGAGUGAAGUUUGACAAAACUGGACCUGAUGCUGUAUAUGCUGAAGAUAAAGACCACUAUUAUUUCCGACUUCCUCACAAAGAUGGUGAAGGGAAGAACGUUGGUAAUCCACUUUCUAAACAUUUCGUCAAAUCAAUCGAAUCCGGUGAACUCGCUUCUGCGGCUGCUGAAUCAGGGGACGACGUAGCUGCCAGAGCUGCUACGGACGCUACCAAUAUGAAUGCCUUUUGCAGUUAUUGGAUCAGUUCGAGGGAAAGGAUAAUGGAUCAGAUGGUCGUAUAUCGUGAACCGAAUUUGGGAAUGAUCUUACCUCAAGUGAUCACUAUGGGAACUGUCACUCGUCGAGCAGUAGAGGGAACUUGGUUAACGGCAUCCAACGCUAAGAAGAAUCGAGUAGGGUCCGAGCUCAAAGCCAUGGUCAGAGCGCCACCUGGAUAUGCUAUUGUGGGUGCGGAUGUCGAUUCGGAAGAAUUGUGGAUAUCAAGUGUCAUGGGAGAUUCGCAAUUUGGUAUUCAUGGUUCGACAGCAAUAGGAUGGAUGACUUUAGAAGGAACCAAAUCGGCUGGGACGGACCUGCAUUCCAAGACCGCUUCGAUCUUAGGUAUCUCCCGAGAUGCCGCGAAAGUAUUCAACUAUUCUCGAAUAUACGGUGCGGGUAAAAAACACGCUGUUCAGUUACUACUUCAAGGCGAUUCGAAAUUGACUAAGGAAUCUGCUGGUAAAUUAGCAGAUAAUCUAUACAAAGCUACAAAAGGAUCUAAAACCAUCCGAAGUAAGAACCUUGCUCCUGCAGCUAUUCCUUCAAUAUGGCAUGGCGGAUCAGAAAGUUAUCUGUUCAAUACAUUAGAAGCGAUUGCUUUAUCCGAUAGACCUACGACUCCAGCGUUGGGAUGUGGAAUCACCAAAGCUCUCAGAAAAUCAUAUUUGGAAGAAGGAUCUUCGUAUUUACCUUCAAGAGUAAAUUGGGUAGUACAGUCGUCAGGUGUAGAUUACUUACACUUACUGAUAGUCUCUAUGGAAUACUUAACUGCAAAGUACAACAUUCAAGCAAGAUAUCUGAUAUCGGUCCAUGAUGAAGUUAGAUAUCUGGCUAAAGAAGAAGAUAAAUAUAGAUUAUCGAUGGCAUUGCAAAUUGCCAAUGUUUGGACUAGAGCUUUGUUCUGCUAUAACUUAGGAUUGGACGAUAUGCCUCAAGGAAUUGCGUUCUUCUCGGCGGUGGACGUAGAUCACGUACUGAGAAAAGAGGUGUUUCUUACUUGCGAAACUCCCUCGCAUCCUCAGGUGAUCUCUCCAGGGGAAUCACUAGAUAUAGUGCAAUUGUUGGAAAAGACAAAUAAUGGUGAUUUGAGUAAACCCAAAUUUGAGGAUCUAUCGAACAGAAGUGUAGAAAGACAAGUUGAUCUGCCAGUGGAUCUGUUCGGAGAUAUCACGUCAGACCGACAUCGAUUGUUCUUGGAUGCUCAAGCUAGAAGGAAAGGUGAACAGGCGAAGAAGUAUUUGGAUAGUUUGCCUUCCGUUGUUGGUUCGGUUGCAGAAGCUGAGGAAAGACGAUUAAGUCAGAGUACCAAGAAGAGAAUGAUGGCUUAUGAGAAAAGGUCAUAA